AUGGCAAAUUUACAGGGUUUCAAGUUCUUAUAUGCAUGUUUGGGCUGUAUAUUAGCCUUUAUACGGGGGGUUAGUGGCAUUUCAUCCCACAGAUGGACACACUCAGCCUUCCUUAUCGCACCAACAAACUUCCACUUCAAAUCGCACAGUAACUUAUGCAAAAGGCAACAAAAUAAUCAAUUAGAUGACACAGACCUGUUUAAGGAGUUAAAUAGCAGAGAUAGGCACGGAAGGUUACGACUUCGCCACGCCAUAAGGCUAAUCCUGCCUGAAGGAGAAAAGGUGAUUGAGAGUUCAGAGGACGAAUACAUCCUGGAGGCAGCCGAGAAUCAGGGAAUUGAGCUUCCGUACAGCUGCCGCGGAGGAAGCUGCUCCACAUGUGCAGCGGCCCUCGUAAUCGGCGAAAUUGACAACUGCGAGCAGAGCUACCUGAGCGACGAGCAGAUUAAGCAGGGCUACUGCCUCCUCUGCACUAGCUACGCCAAGUCAGACUGCACAAUUAAGACUCACAAGGAGGAGGAGCUCCACAGGGAGGAGGAGGAACAGGGGAAAGAGAAGCAAGAGUGA